GCGGCCACGGAGAGAGGCUGCAGCCCCGAGGGAGCCCGCCCACGCUGCGGCCCGCCUCCCGCAGCAUCGGGCCCACGCGUGUGCGUGCGGCGGUGUGGGCGGAAAGGCUGCCGCAGGAGCCGGGGCCAGCCCGCUCCGCCAGCCCUCGGGUUCUCCAGUCCCCCCGUAACCGCAGCGGAUCCGACUCCCGCAGUCCGGGCUUCAGUGGCCAUCAGCUCAAGCCCCAGUCUCCCCAAAGACAGCAUUUGCUCCCGGUAGGAAACUUCCCACCCCACGUCGGCUGCACAUGACCAGGAGCAGCGCUCUGGGAUGUGCACGCGAUGAUGGACAGCAAGGACUUAGAAGCCGAAAUCCACCCCUUGAAGAAUGAAGACAAGAAGUUGCAGGAGAAUCUGGGAAACCAAGCAAAACAGGAGGAUAACUUGAAAAGCUCGCCUGGGCAGCCCCGCCUCUCCCGCUGCCGGACAGUGGCAUUUUUUCUUUCACUAUUUCUCUGCCUUUUUGUGGUGUUCGUGGUUUCGUUCAUCAUCCCCUGUCCGGACCGGCCCGCAUCCCAGGGGGCGUGGAGCAUCCACUACAACGCAGCAGUCACCUAUGACUUUCUGGCUACAGAAGACAUAAACAGGGACAGGAUCCAAGAUGUUCUCUUUCUUUAUAAAAAUUCCAACAGCAGCAACAAUUUCAGCCUGUCCUGCACUGAUGAAGGCUUUUCUUCCCCCUGCACCUUUGUGGCCGCCGUGUCAGGGGCCAACGGCAGCGUGCUCUGGGAGAGGCCCGCAGCCCAGGACGGGGCCCUGGUGCAGUAUGCUGUCCCACAGCCACAGGGCAGCAGGACGGCAUCUGCCUGCGUCCUUCUGGGCAGACCUGGUUCCUUCGUCGCUGUGGACUUGUUCACAGGGGAGACCCUGUGGAGCCACCCCAGUAGCUUUGGGAGGAACGCUUCCGACCCGAGCUCUUUACUCCAACUGCCCGACGUUGAUGCUGACGGGGCUCCGGACUUGCUGGUUCUCACCCAGGAGGAGAAGGAGGUUAGCGGCUACAUCUAUUCAGGCAGCACUGGGCACCAGAUUGGCCACCGAGGCAGCCUUGGUGUGGGCGGGACCGGUGGCUCCCUCCUCCACGUCACCAGGAUGGGCGCUCACUACAUCCUUUUCCCCUGCGCAAGCUCCCUCUGUGGUCACUCCGUGAAGGGUCUCCACGAGGAGAUGACCGGGAGAGGGAGCCCACUGAAGAGAGACCCGCGCUGGGAGGGCAUGCUCAACGCCACCGGCCACGGGGUGCUCUGGCGCAGCCCGGGAGACAUCCGCUACCUGAUGACCGUCCCAGGGAAGGCGGGUGAGGACCUCCUCCUCGUGAGUUCAGAGGCCUGCGUGCUGUUGGACGGGCAGGACCUGGCCCCCAGGUGGACCUUCAGCGCAGCCCAGGUCCUGAGAAGACCGGUCCUCGGCUACUACAAGCCCGACACCUUGGCCCUGGUCGUGGAGAACGGCACCGGCUUCGACAGACAGAUCCUGCUCCUGGACCUCAGCACCGGGGCCACCCUGUGGAAGCAGGCCCUCCCGGGCGUCCCCGGGGACCCGCAGUCUGCCAGCCUGCCCACCGCAGACCACCGCUCGGCCUUCUUCUUCUGGGGCCUGCACGGGCUGAUGGGCCCCAACCAGACGGAGUCCGAGGACGCCCCGCACGGCCUGUACAUGUUCCACCCCACGGUGCCCGACGUCCUGCUGGAGCUGGCCAGCGUCUCCGCCAACAUCGUCGCCUUCCGAGCCGUCCUGUUUGAGCCCAGCCGCCAUGCUGCCUACGUCCUCCUGACGGGCCCCGCUCACCCGGACGCUCCCGGCGUGGUCUCCGUGGCCAAGUACAAGCAACAAGGGAGCCGCUCCUUGGCAGAGGGUGCCGCCCUGCUGCCCGGACAGCUGCCCUCGGAGCACACAGGCUGCGCAGGGCCCCUGCCUGUCCUGGUUGGGGGCACAUCCCCGUUACAGGCCGAGUUUCUGACUUGA